AUCAACGCCCCUGUUAAGUGCGCCGGAAAGUGCGCGCGAUCUUUCAAAUGAUCGACAAAAGGAGGACGGCGGCGGCGUGUGUGACGGUCCGCUCGGCCGCCGGCUUGAUGCCGCACUUCCAGCGGCCAUUUCUCAAGUUCGUAUACGAAAAGCCAUCAACGCAUAAGCGUGUAUCUGCCAAGACCGACGAAGCCGAUGCCCAGCGCUUGGAUGGAACGGACACUGCCGUGGCAGCAUGGCGCGAUGCUAUUGUGUGUGUUCCUGUCCUUGCGCAAUCAUUGUCCAUUGAGCUGUGGAAUGCUCACGCACAGCACGAUGUUUAUCUUGGGCAUGCACGGAUUCAUUUGGACACCGAUGGACCGCCAGAAGUUGGACCGAUGUGGGUUGCUGUCAACCAGGCUGUGUAUGAAGGAGUGCACAUCAAACGACCCGUCAACCUACAAGUUAUCGUCACUUACAUGGACUCGAGCGCUGUGUUUCCUUCCCAAGCUCCUCCGUCGACUUCAGAGCUGCAUUCAGUCGUGCAUCCGUCAUUUCAAUUCAAAAUUCCCGCGCGAGAGAUCGACUGGUCUACCAUUGCCGCCACAAACGUAUCUGAAAUCUUCUUCUUGGGCAAUGUCGAGGCCCUCCUAGCGCAUCAAGACGACGUCCUCUACGGCAACACGUUGGCGUCGUUGGACAUGGUCGUGGACAAGGAAGUUGAAGCCGCGUUCCAAAUGUGUCAAUAUUCUGCUCAAUAUCUUCACCAGUGCGUCGAGUUUCUGUCCCAGCGUUGUGCCACGUACGUGUCGUCCCGGGAUGAGCUGCUUCAACGUCAAGACAACAGCACCCACACAUUGGACGCCAAAAAGCGGCAGAAACGGCAGCUCGAAAAGCAAGCGAACGAGUGCGACGUGUUGAUCGCGGCCUACGAAGCCAUCGCCAAGACCCUUCCAGACAUCCCAUCCGCCUUGCCAUCAGUUCUCAUUCCAACCCCAUCAAACCAUCCACCACCGACGCCGCGCGAGGCUCAAAUCAAGAUGGAACCACCACCAGCUUCAUCUCAUCCUCCCAGUGACGCCACUAUACCAACCGACGCAGCAGCAGCAGCACCAUCAUCGUCGCCUUCGAAAGCUCCCAUGCUCAUGACGUACGAGGAACGCAUGGAGAAGAAUCGGCUGGCAAAGGAAGCCACGCGGAAGGACCGGAUUGCCGCGGAGAAGCACCGGUUGACUCAGAUCAUGGCGGACCAAGCCAAGCAGCGUGAGUGGAAACAAACGCUGGUGGAGCAGGAUCAGGCGUUGGUGCACCGGUCAGCAUGCCGGUUGCAAACGUGGUUGUGCCACGUCACGUUCCUGCGCCGGUACGCCGUCAAGCGGUCGCAGUAUGCGGCCGCCGUGGUGAUUCAAUGCCUUGUGCGGACGCGCCAGGCCAGGCGCAUGUACCGGCGGCGGACGGACGAGCGCCGCCAGCGCAACGAAGCCCUAGCCAUCCAUGCCGCAGAGCAAAUCCUUGAGCAUCAAAUGCACGUCGCCACCGCCAAGCUCCAGCACGACAAGGAGAUGGAGCCCAUCUUGAGACUCUGGACAGACAUUCAGCAGGCGUUUCAACGAGCGUCGUCCAAGGAAUCGAAUGUGUUUUCGUUCUUUGAUCGACGCCAUGCUGGACAAGUCGACCGCGCCGUCUUUCGUCGGCAGCUGCUCCAGCUUGGCUUUGACGUGCCUCGGCAGGUGGUGCGGAGACUGAUUCAACUGAUUCACUCGAGAGCCAAUGUGCAAACUGAUCGCCUCGUUGUGACCGCGGACCAAUUCACCAAAGCUUUUGAUUUGACGACUUGCAUUGCUAUCCCCCCCGAUGUUGUGGCCGAGGUUUCGCCGCCGCCAUGGACCAGCGCCAACACAUCCCCUGAAUCGAACACCGUUCUAGAGAUGACAGAAGCAUCGCCUGCAUUGGCGCCCGCGGUCCCCACAAUCAACUCGGUGGAAGGCAUCAGCAUGACGUUUCGGCAGCUGCGAGAGCGUAUCGUCCAUGCUGCUCGCGCCCAGUUCGGUGGCGGGGAGCGUUCAAGUGUGACGUUUGCAUCACUUCGGGCGGCGCUGGUCAAGUUGUUUGAAUCGUUCGACCGGCACGGCAGCGGCGACGUGGCGCUGGCCGACUUCAAAGCGUGCCUUGAGACCCAGCUCCAUGUGGCCAUGGACGCGCCCAACUGGGAGUACGUGCGCGAGUGCUUUGACGCGGACGGCAGCGGCAGUGUCAACAUCGCCGAGUUCGUCGCGUUCGCGUUUGCCGAUGCGUCCGUGGACGAGAUGGGCGUGCUGGGGUAUCAACUGCGCGACGCGAUUCUCCAUCGAGUGAAGGCCGCGCGGAAGGACGCGGCGCCGACGAUCGAGGACGCCGUGCGCCUUGUGUUUCAUCCAGUGUUCCAUCGCCGAGACGACGCCACGUUUGCCGACUUUUGCCAUGCCCUGGCCCAGCUCCAGCUUGGGUUUACGUUGGGGCAGUUGUCUCGCUUAGUCUUACGGCUGGACCACGACAAGAACCACCUGAUCUCGCUGGACGAACUGCUUGGGUGGCUCAAACUGAAGCGUUCGAACGACACUCGGGCCAACACAACUCAUGAUGAACCACCACGACCCAAUACAGAGCCGAGUGUGAGUGCAGCCAGCGCCGCCGUGAAACAGCUCCGACGGCACCUCGUGGAGCUGGCAGGCGAAGCCAAACCUCACGCGAUCAAGCACCUCUUUGAAUCGAUCGAUACGAACCAAAGCGCAAAGCUGAGCGCGUCCGAGUUACACGCAUACUUGGGGGACGACACGGCGCCGCUGUCGGUGGUCGAAGCUGCCGUCGCGUGCAUGGACGCUCGUCGACAGAGCGUCGUGUCCAAGGCCGACUUUAUCUCGUUUUGUCUCGACACGACACGGGCGGCGACGGACGAAGAAGUCGGCGUGGUCGUGGAACAGUGUCGCACACAACUCUGUGACAUGUGCGCGGACGCGGCGGGGCUACGCCGCUGGUUCGGCGCGUUGGCCCAGCACCAAGGCAAAGUGCGGACAGCCGAAUUCAAGCGCGCGCUCAAAGCGAUGGUGCACUUGCCAGAGCACGAGUUGGACGGCGUCGUGCGGCGGCUCGACUUUGACGGCAGUGGGUGGAUCUCGGACAAGGAGUUCCGUGCGUGGGUACACCCCGUGCGGGACAUCGAGGUGCUGCUGACGCUGGUCGAGCGACACCCGGCGAUGCAGCAAAUGGGCGCCGCGUUGUUUGCCGCGUUCGACGUGGACGGCAACGGCGUGA